AUGGCGCCGCGCGGCACGGCCCGGGCUCCGCUCCCAGGCUCCGCGCCCGGCCCGCCCUGCGCCCGCAGCCCGAGCCCUCGAUCCGCCCGGGCCCGGUCCAGCGCUCUGCCACCGGAACUUCCGGCCGCGAGGGGCGGAGUCAUCGGGGCGGCCGGGCGCGCACGGUGGGCGGGGUCGUGCGUGCGCCCAACCCGCCGGGGACGGGGCCCGCCGGGGCCGGGCCGGGCCGGGCGCGAGCUCUCGCGGCGGCGCGGCCCCCGACGUCAGAGGUGCGGGGAGGCGCGGCCGAGGGCUGCGGCGGCUGGCGGCGGCCCCGCGCGAGGGGGCGUCGUGCCGACGGAAGCCCGCCCUGCCCUGGAGCGCGGACCGGGCUACCCGCGGCUGUGGGCUGUGGGGCCCGGGCCAGUGGGCAGCCGUCCUGGCGCGGCACGGGGAGAUGCUGCGGGCGCGCGCGGGCCCCCAGGGGCGGUUGGAAACUCUGGACCGAUGGUAGGGCGGUGGGGUUCGGUUGGAAGGGCAGCCCCCACUUUGGGACUCUCCGUGACCACCCUUCCCGACGUAUCGACACGAGUUUCCCGCGGCCAGCGGGGACCGAGUGGAGAGGCACGUGACACGAGGCGCGCUGGAGUGGAAGCUGGUCGGCAGGACCCGAGUGCUGGCCCUUCCUGCCCGCAGCAGUCCCAACGCAGCAGCCUUCAUGUCCACCGAGGCACUUGGCCCUGCCAGCCCUGCGGCGCACCCUCACGCAUGACCUGUGUACCUGGGUCGUGUGCGGUAGCAAGUCACAGCCCUGAGCUAAGUGCCUCAGGGCUGUGGACCCUUCACCAAAUGGAGACGGCACUGUGGACCUGGGCUGUGGGGAGGCUGCGUUCGCACGUGCUGCCUGACCUUGGCCCCAGCCCCAGCCACCCCUUCAGGAUGCUGGGCCAGCCAACAAGCGAAGGAUCCAGGCAGACUGAGCUUGGCUGUGGCCCUGGGUCUGCUCACCUGCCAUGCAACUGCAGGCCAGCAGUCUCUCUGGUCCACGAGCUGGACAAGCAGGACUGGCUGCUGUGGAAGCUCAAUAAAUGCUUAUUGCACUCCUGAC